AUGUUUUAUCAAAAUGACGACACACUAACAAAAUGUAUAAUCUCGUUUAUAAAAAAUAAUAACAUUGAUGAUGAUCUAAAGAGCAUACAAAAAAUACAAGACCUAAUUAAAAGAAAUGAAAUAUCAAUUAAAUUAAAACUUUUCGAUGACAGUAAAAAUGUUUUCUAUAGUUUAUGCUCCAUCAUAUGCAACAAACUAAAAAUAUGCAUUUAUAUCCUUAGAAAUGAAAAAGAAAAUUAUUCUAUUAUUAGAAAAUGUAGGAAAAAAAAUGAAAUUACUGAUUAUAAUUUUUUUAGUGAGUAUAUAAAAAAUUACGACAUACGUAGCAUUCCUAAGUGCUAUGUAGCCAUGGAAUACUUUGUCAAAUCGUUAUCAUUAUGUUUUAAAAAGAUAAAAACAAAAGACAAAAACUUGUUUUUUACCUAUUUGAGUACUAUAUCUUCAUUGAUAGAAUUAUUACAGUCUAAUGAAAUUUAUGAAAUUAGGAAAAGUGAAGACACCGUUAUUGCAGAGAAAUUUCAUCUAGUCAUAAUCAAAUAUAUUAAAAAAUUGUUUAUUUAUGUAUACCCUUUUGAUACAUUCGAAAGGUUAGGUAAAGAAGAUUUGACACAAACAUAUGAAUUAAAACAAAAAGAUAGUCAUUGUGAAUUUACUCUUUGCAAUGAUGAGAAGGAAUAUAUUAUAUUUUCCUGUAUGACAAAUGUAAUUAAGAAAAUUCUGCAAAACGUUAUAAAGGAAAACAAAAAAAUAAAAGUACAUAGUUUAAAAUUGUUGUACAUUAUUCUCAAAAAAAUUGAAAACGUAUAUAUUAUAAAAAAAUUAUUUAAAGGGAUCAGCUUAAAUUUGUUUCUGCUUUACAAAUCUUGUGAUAUUCCAGGCUUACGAUUUUUUAUUCUAAAAACUUUUUCCUUUUGUUUCGGUAAAAUAUUAAUGCACUACACUUGUUGUCAUAGCGGAUUUGAGAAAGGGUACCUUAAAAAUGAAUGGCUGAAGGCAAGAAGUGAUGAAACAGGAAGAGGCGAUAGUGAUGGAAGGGGGGAGAAGGAUGCCCCAAAUUAUUACUCUGUACAGGACGAAAAGUGUAGAACGUAUUUUAAUUCCUUAAAAAGAAAAGUGAACAGUAAUGUGGGGCACUACUCUUUUGCUACUAUUGAUGAGGAAGAACUUAUUUCAAAGGAAGACGUAACUACUUUAGAACAGGAAAAUAAUACGGAGAAUGCGAGUUGGACUGCAAGGAGAAGCGAUGAUACUAAUGUAAUUGUAUGGGGAAAUGAGGUGGAACCAGAGAAUUUUAAAAAAGAUAAAAACAAAAACUCUACGAAAGAAGAAGAUAUCGAAAUAGUAGAUGAAGACAAAAUUAUUCUUUCCAAUAUUUACUUCAUUUGUUAUUAUGUGUUAAUUAAUUAUGACGAUAAGGAUGAUGUUAAGAGUAUGUCUGAAAUUUUUAAUAUAUGUAAAAUUGUUAUUAAAUAUUAUUUUAUUUUAAGUAAAAAUUUAGUUCUAAUGAGUCUCAUCUUUGUGUUAUCUUGGAUGUUUUAUCAACAUGAUAAAUAUUUCUCUUCGUUCAUGUAUUUAUUAUUUAAUGAAAAGGUAAUCCCUUUCGUCAGCAACAACAACGUGAGUGCGGUUGCUUGGGGUGGGCCAAGCGAGAUGAAAGGAGGUGGCAGUGAGCAGGUUGAGAAGCGGAGUAUGAAACAAGGUUGGGAGCAACAUAGUAAACAGCGUAACAAGCAACGGGUGAAGCAGCACAGUGAAGAACAUUUACUCAAAAGCGAGAGCUCAAGUAGUCAGCCCAGUCUAGACAAGCUUAAUAAAAAGGUGCGGAACUUGUUUUUUUCAAAUCUGCUUUUUCAUAAGGACAUUUACUCCAUUUUUGUAAAUUUUACAAAAAUGCUAAAAGGAAGGGACGACAACAAUGAAUUAAAUUUGAUCAGAGUGCCAGAUUAUUCUCUUGAAAACUUAAAUUAUAAUAUAGAGCACUACUAUUUUAAAUAUUUGUAUAAUAUCUUUUUAUUUAAAAAACAAGAGGAUACUAUUCUUCUUAAUUUUUUAAAAGGAUAUAUAUAUUACAAUUUCGUUAACAGUCAUAUAAAUCAAUGUUUAAUUCAUAGACAUAUUUUUGCUCUAGAUUAUUUACUAUGCUUAUAUAACACGUGUGAAUUUCCUGGUAUAAGAGACGAAACAUCCAUAUCGUUUCGUAACGAUGUCAACAUACUAAGUGAGGAUCACUCCCUUUAUUCCUUAAAUAUGUAUGAAAAUAAAGCGGAUAAAGUGCGUAACUUAGUUACCGACCCAGCAUAUAGGAAGAAGAAAAUAUUUUCUAAAUUUCAAAAUGUCAAGGAAGGAUUUACACGCAAUAAUAUCAGACUAAUCAACGAAAUCAGCAUUUUCUUUUUCCUCUUCACGGACAAUAACACAGUCGAAAAUUACUUAGAUGAGGUGCUGUUUUAUAUAUGGGAUGACAUUAGACGGGGUGAAGGCAAAAAAAUAUUAAAGCACGAAGGGUUUACUUUAAAAAAUAAAUGGUGGGAAGAUAUAUACUACUUUACGGACACGAAUGAUUCGGAUGCAACUUCGGACGGGAAUAAAAAGAUGCAGAACGAGCAGCUGGAAGCCCAAGAAGAAGACGAAGCAGAGGAAGAGGGUGAAUCGGAUGAAGCGGACGCAGUAGACAUAGAAAUGUUCAAUUUCAGGAUGAAAUACAAAUGUCUACACUUCCUCAACUUCUACCUGGAUGCACUCAUAAUCCUUUUGUACACCCAUUUCGAACUGAUGAAGAGGGGAGAAACAUGUACAUGUCUAUGUUGUGAACAUAGUGCAAAUGACGUGGUCAGUUCUAAUGGGCUGAAUGAAGAUAGAGUCUUUGAAAACGAUCUAGUAAAAAAUGUAGUAAACGAAUAUUCAAACCUGUUUAACAGUUACUAUUAUUUAGCUAUAAAAAUAAAAAUUGCACAUAUGAAAUACGAUCCGAAGAAAGAGGUGGAAAAAAUACUUUUGUUCUUAACAUCGAAGAAAGUAAACAAGGAUGAAAUAACGAUGAAGAAGUAUAUAAAGAACGGAAAUAUUGUUAAUAUUCAUUAUUACAUAUCUUUGUUAAUAAUAUGUUUAAAUAAAUGUUUCUGCUUAUCAUACAUGUGUUCAUAUGAUGACAUAAUAGAGAAAUAUUUUUAUAAAAAUUUAGUCUUUUUUCUCUUACACAUGAGUAGUUCAAGUUCAUAUGUAGAACAAUUGUCUGAGUGCACAAUAUCAAGCGUUCAUUAUCACUAUUUGAAAGAAAAAAGAAGGAAAAACCAAUUCAACAGUAUUACUCCUAAAAAUUCGAAUGAAGAAAAUAUACGAAAUGACGAUGCUGUGUUGUUUUACUUUGAUAAAAGAGAAAAAUAUAACUCCCACGAAAUAGCGAACAUACUAAACACAUACAAUGAUACGAUCACUUCAUACAUUUAUAAAAAAAUUAUUAACAUCGAUUCCAUAUAUAAAUGCACUAAACUUUUAAAAAUAACAAAGUGCCUAAUUAUGUUUAAUUAUAAUUAUGUAUAUAUAUAUAAAGAUAUAUGUUUGAAUAUUAUGAAAUACACGAAACGAAAUAAUUUUUAUUACUCAAGUAAUCAUACGAAGGAUCAAGUCAUUAUUCAUAUACUUAAUAUCUUUAACUGUAUUCUUUACUUGUUUUACAAACACAUAAACGAAAAGAGAAUUAGGUUGUGUUCUGAGAGUGACUAUACGGUACCAAUAAAAAACUACUUGCUCCAUGGAUAUGCUUACAUAAAUUUAGAACAAAUAAAAAAGGAAUCCAAACAGAUGGGAGGAAAAUACCAAAGGAAAAUGGAACGAUUGAAAGAAAUUGCUUCCCAGAAUAUUAGCAAUGAAGACAGAAAUGCUUCUCAUAUGGAUGACUAUGACAUGUACCUAAACAAAAAUAAUAACAUCAGGGAUGUAAUUAUUUUUCCAAAUGAUCAAAAGUGUCGAGAUGAAAACAUAAUAAUAUCAAGCGAAUUAUUUUACCAAUUCGGAAAAAAGAAUUUUUCAACAAUAGUUCACCAAAACGCGAAAGAAAAAAAAAAAAAAAAAUUGUGUCUGUACAAUUUUCUUUUCUUUGAAUUUUAUAGAGAUCUCUUUACUGUAGAUUAUUCCGAAAUUCUAAACAAUAAAAUAUUAAAAUUAGAAGAAUAUAUAAAGAAAAUAAAGGAUGAUAUGAAAAAUAUCAAAAAAGAAAUAAAAAAUAAACUUAAUUUUGCAAAAGUUGCUAAUAUAAUUGUAGAUGAUGAUUUUUACGAUUUACAUGAUGAAGAAAAUAAAAAAUAUGAAAAAAAAUUGGAUAAUAAUAAUGACCUGAACGUGUCAGGAAAUUUUUUGUUUGACAAUCAACAUUUUAAAGCCUCAAAUUAUUAUAGAGAGACCCAUUACCCGAAUAUAAGAUAUACAGCAUCGCAUAUUUUUAAUUUUGCACGGAGGUUCCUAUGCCAUGAAAACAUGUAUGUGCGAUUUAGCUCUCACCUGUGUAUCCUUCGCUGUUUGUUCGUUUUCUCAACCAGACUUUUUGAGUUGUACCCAAAGAUACACCAAUUAUGGGACUAUAUAAAAAUAAAUCUUUCCAAAAAUGACUACAUGAAUGAUAUCAUCCUUUUAAAGAUAAUAAAUUACGUGACUACCAUUGAUGAUAAGUUUUCGGUAAACAGGAUUUUAUGUGAUGUCGUCCCUCAAAUGUUCAUGCGAAUAAAGAAUUUUGAAAUGAAAAAUGAGUUGCGCAGGGAAAGCUAUGAAUACAAGUUCCUCCUCAACGUAAUGUCAUUCUUUCUAAACAUUUCAAGGGAUGAAAAAUAUUUUGAAGACACACAUUCGUACAUCCUUUAUUUUUGUCUAAAGUGUCUUAACCGAGUUACUGAAGAGAAGAUAAAAAAAAUUUCAUUGAAUAUUAUUUGUAAUUUGUUUCUUAGUGAUAUUCCGAAGAUUAAAAGAGGAAUAGAAAAUAUAAAGGUUAUAAAGGAAAGAAUGAAUAGCCUAUAUGAUGAAAAUACUAGUGAAAAGGACAUAAUAGAAAAUAUUUUGUUAAAAGAACAAAUCAAAGAUAUAUUAGUUGCACAACCGUUACACUUCCUAUCAUGUUUGUUAAAAAUGGAAAUUUCAAAAGAGAUAAUUGCAUUAAUAAUUAAUGUAGAUUACAAUCUCAUAAAUUUUUUGAUAUUCUAUUUUGACCUUUUGAGUGAGAAAUAUAAGUAUAAGUGCUCCUUAAAUCAACACACCCUUUUAGUUUUUAGCCAUUUUAGGGGAUUCUAA